AUAUAUGUCUCUUCAGCUCUCAAGUCCUCAAGUCCACGAAUAAUGGACUGUUUUUCAAAUGAUAACAUCAACUCAACUGGGUCGUCGUCUUCGGGUAGCAGCAGCAGCAAGGGCAAGAAGAGGGGUGGGAACAGAAGCAAAGGAGUGAUGAAGCUGUCGACUGAUCCUCAAAGCGUGGCUGCUAGAGAAAGGAGGCACCGAAUCAGUGAUCGUUUCAAGAUCUUGCAGAGCUUGGUUCCAGGCGGAACUAAGAUGGACACAGUGUCCAUGCUAGAUGAAGCCAUUCACUAUGUGAAGUUCCUCAAGGCUCAGAUAUGGCUUCACCAAAACCUUAUGAAUUUUGUCGAUGAAGACCCUUGUACUUUCCUUCAAACUCCCCUCCAUUUCCAAGAGGGUUUCAGUACUACUUUCAACUCAAACAUUACCAACUACUCGCCUCCAGUAGUGCAACCAUCAGUUGUGGUUCCGUCACCACCUCAAGCUAAUUUCCAGGAUUUUAAUUACUUCCAAGGUGAAGAGACACUGUAUUUAGAUGACCAAACGAAAUACUAGUUUAGUAGUUAGCUUCGAACUCUCUCUUUCUCUCUCUCGUUAUGCGAGUGUACGGAUUCUGUGUGGAAUUGUGGUGAUGUUAGGAGCCAGCUACGUGCUUAAAAUAAUGGGAAAUGAUAUGAGUAGUAGGCUUUGUUCUGUGUUUAGGUAUAAAUAUUCUGUAGUACGUUAUGUAUGAGUAUGAAAACUCUUAACAAAUCGUCUUCUUGUAGCUCUAGAUAUGGAAAAGAAUCU